AUGGAGGUCCCAGGACCCUGUGCUCUGUCCUCCCGCGUGGAGGAAGCACGUCUGUCCCGCGCCAGGUGGAACCAGCAGGACGAGGUGCACAACGGGAGUGAGAGCCCGGCCGCUGGUUGGCGCAAGUCCUCCCUUGCUGGCCUGACCCCUCACCCAUCACCCAAGCCGAGGCCCUCCACCGUCCUGGUCACCACUUGGCUUCCCGCCAGCCUGACACGUAGACACCCAGCACGCUUGGCCCAGAAGAAGAUGGCCCCGUCGGAGGCCCCGUCGAUGACUGGACAGCUGGGCCCCGGCCACGGGAAGAAGUUGGGUCAUCGGGGCGUGGACGCAUCUGGCGAAACCACCUACAAGAAGACCACGUCCUCCACCCUGAAGGGGGCCAUCCAGCUGGGCAUCGGCUACACCGUGGGCAACCUGAGCUCCAAGCCAGAGCGUGACGUGCUCAUGCAGGACUUCUACGUCGUGGAGAGCAUCUUCUUCCCCAGUGAAGGCAGCAACCUCACCCCCGCCCACCACUUCCAGGACUUCAGGUUCAAGACCUACGCACCUGUUGCCUUCCGCUACUUCCGGGAACUCUUCGGGAUCCGACCGGAUGAUUACUUGCUCCACGGUGACAUUGGCGGGACCCCCUCCUCGCCCAUCGGCUGGGGCUUCCGUUCCAUCCCUGCGGGCCUCUUGGUCAGAGCCCUCCUCGGAGUGAAGCCAGCCUGGUGGUUCCGUAGUAGAGAUGACCUGGGUGACCUCGGUUUUAGGUCUCGGGAGGGAAAGGGGACACCUGUGGCGCUCGCCGUGGCAGUGGUGAUGCGGCCUCUGUGUGCUGGUGGGGAGCGGACCCAAGCUGGUCCUGGCGGCGGAGUGGACACAGGGCGACGGCCGAGGGCCUGUCUCGGCCUUGAUGACUGCGCCCUUCGAGGCCAGGAGCCCCGUGAGGGCAGCACUCGCUACAGCCCAGGGAGGCACGUGCCCACACUUCGCAGUGCCUCCAGCACCGGGACCCGCUCCCUCCUCCCUGGUGGUGACCGCGGGAGUCACGACAAGGUGCUGGAGAGCUUCAAGAUCAUGGACUACAGCCUGCUCCUGGGCGUGCACAACAUCGACCAGCAGGAGCGGGAGCGGCAGGCCGAGGGCGCCCAGAGCACCGCGGACGAGAAGCGGCCGCUGGGCCAGAAGGCCCUCUACUCCACGGCCAUGGAGUCCAUCCAGGGCGGGGCCGCGCGCGGGGAGGCCAUCGAGUCGGAUGACACGAUGGGCGGGAUUCCCGCCGUGAACGGCCGAGGGGAGCGCCUUUUGCUGCAUAUUGGCAUCAUUGACAUUCUGCAGUCGUACAGGUUCAUCAAGAAGCUGGAACACACCUGGAAGGCUCUUGUCCACGACGGGGACACCGUCUCUGUCCACCGGCCCAGCUUCUACGCAGAGCGCUUCUUCAAGUUCAUGAGCAACACGGUUUUCCGGAAGAACUCCUCCCUGAAGUCCUCCCCGUCCAAGAAGGGCCGUGGUGCGUCAUUGGCUGUCAAGCCCCUGGGGCCCACGGCCGCCUUCUCGGCCAGCCAGAUCCCCAGCGAGCGGGAAGAUGCCCAGUAUGACCUUCGGGGGGCCCGCAGCUACCCCACGCUGGAGGACGAAGGCCGGCCCGACCUCCUGCCCUGCACGCCGUCCCAAGAGGAGACACACGUGGAGGAGGACCUGCAGCAGGUCACGGUGCAGGUGGAGUCCGCGUGCAGCGUGGAGAUCGUGGUCCCCAAGGAGGAAGACGCGGGGGUGGAGGCUUCCCCAGCCUGCGCCUCUGCUGCUGCCGAAGCAGAAACGGCCAGCCAGGCCUCGGAGCCCGCCAGCCAGGCCUCGGAUGAGGAGGACACGCCUGCCACUGACAUCUACUUUGUAAGUCCCCUGCAGCUCCUGACGUUGCCAGGCCCUCGACCAGACGCACUCACACGCUCACAAGGCGGUCCUGUGGACACAGACGUGCACUCACGGGUCAACGCUCCCCUCCGCACGCUCUCGCACACCCAGUGUGCCUUCACACGCAUUUACACCCACACGCUCACGUGCUGUGGGAACGCCCUGCCCCGCGCCCUCCAGGCCAGGCCACCCCAAGUCAGGGGAACUGCCCUGUCCUCGAGCUCCGAGCCCCACAGGGCCCCGUAG